AUGCUUUUUGAAAAACCCAAGCAUCACCACCACCGUGUGAGCGAAUUCCAAGCUGUUGUGCUUGCAGGUUACGGAAGCAGUAACAGACUUUAUCCCAUUUCAGAAGAAGACAAUUUACCCAAGGCCUUGCUUCCUGUUGGAAACAAACCUGUCAUUUCUUAUACUUUAGAAUGGCUUGAGAAGGCAGGCAUUCAUGAUGUCAUUGUUGUUAUUCAAGCUAUUGGUAAUGCACCCCAAAAAUUAUCAGCUUACCUCAGAACUUACACCGGCAAUGUUCACACCCAAGUUGUCAGCGUCGAUGAAGAUGAUGAAACAGCUGAUGCUUUAAGAGCCAUUAAAGACAAAAUCGACAGAGACUUUAUUGUCGUUCCUUGCGAUCUUAUUACCGAACUCAAUCCUCGUGAUUUUUUUGAUGCUCAUCGUGUAUACGAUCCCACUUUCAGUGCCUUAUUCUACGAGCCCGGAUCUACUGAAAGUGCCAGCAAAGACGACGAUCUUUUACCUUAUGUCGGUAUCGACCCAACUCGUAAUGCCUUAGUUUAUAAAGCCAUUCGUUCCGAAGAUGACGAUUUCUCUAUGCGUAUGUCCUUAUUAAACAAAUUUCCUCGCGUGAGAGUUCACACUGAUUUGCAGGAUGCUCAUUUGUACAUUUUUAAAAGAUGGAUCAUCGACAUGUUGGUAGAGAAGGAAAAUAUCACCAGCAUUUCAAAGGAUCUGAUACCAAUGUUGGUCAAAUGUCAAUACCAAAAGAAAUUAGUGGAAAGGGAAGAAGUCAACAAAUACGCAUCAACAUACGAAAAUUUGCUUGCUAAUGCACUUUCUCUGUCUACAACACAAUCCGCUGAUUUGGAUGACGAAUUAUUUAUGAACGAUCCUAUUCACUCUAGUUUUAAAAGCCCCAUCAAAACUUACGUCCACGUUUACCGCGGCGGUUUCUGUGGUCGUGGUAACACAACAGCAAGUUACAGUGAAUUGAAUCGUUAUGUUACAAAGCAGGGUACUUCGAUCAUUAAUGUACCUUCUAGUGCAGAAGUCGCACCCAGAACUCAAGUUGGUAAUGAUUCAGUGAUUGGUGAAUAUACUAAAAUUGAUGAAAGAUCCUCUGUCAAGAAAUCUUGUGUCGGUGCUCACUGUGUUAUUGGCAAGAACGUAAAGAUUGCUAAUUCCGUCAUUAUGGACCACGUGGUUAUUGGCGACAAUGUUAAAAUUGAUGGCUGUAUUAUCUGUAAUAAUGCAAACAUCCAAGAAAAGGCAUAUUUGAAGGACUGUGAUGUUGCAGGCGGAUAUAUCGUAGAAAAAGACAGUCAAUUAAAGGGUGAAAAAUUGGUUGCUUUUAGAGAGUCUAUUUAA